CCCGCCCACGCGGCCGAGGUUCACCGAGCCGGACAUGAGUCCUCCGCGCCGGGGCCCCGGGCCCUGGGCCCUGGCCCCGCUGCUGGCGCUGGGGCUGCUGGGCUGCGGGGCUGGGGCCCGCAGGGCCCUGGACCCCGCCUACCAAGAGAAAUACUUUGAACAAUUCCUGGACCACUUCAAUUUUGAAAGUUUUGGCAACAGAACCUUUGCUCAGCGGUUCCUGGUAUCAGACAAGUUCUGGAGAAAGGGCAAGGGCCCCAUCUUCUUCUACACGGGGAACGAGGGGAACAUUUGGGCCUUUGCCAAUAACAGUGGCUUCUUGGUGGAUCUGGCAGCUCAGCAAGAGGCCCUGCUCGUCUUUGCGGAGCACAGGUACUACGGGAAGUCCCUCCCCUUCGGCGCCCUGUCCCUGCGGCCGGGGAACAUACAGCUGCUGACUGUGGAGCAGGCGCUGGCCGACUUUGCUGAGCUACUCCAGGCCCUGCGGAAGGAGCUCAGGGCCCCGAGUGUCCCCGCCAUCGCCUUUGGAGGGAGCUAUGGGGGGAUGCUUAGCGCCUACAUGAGGAUGAAGUUCCCCCACCUGGUGGCCGGCGCGCUGGCAGCCAGCGCCCCUGUCCUGGCCGUCGCAGGCCUCGGAGACUCCUGCCAGUUCUUCCGGGACGUUACUGAAGACUUCUACGACCAGAGCCCCAGGUGUGCACAGAGUGUCCAGGACGCCUUCCAGCAGAUCAAGGACUUGUUCCUGCAGGGAGCCCAUGACACAGUCAGCCAGGAGUUUGGCACCUGCCAGCUGCUCUCCAGGCCCAAGGACCUGACUCAGCUUUUUGGUUUUGCGCGUAACGCCUUUACCCUGCUGGCCAUGAUGGACUACCCAUAUCCCACCAACUUCAUGGGGCGCCUACCCGCCAACCCUGUCAGGGUUGGCUGUGACAGGAUGUUAAGUGAGGCCCAGAAGAUCAGAGGGCUGCGCAAACUGGUGGGGCUGGUCUACAACUCCUCGGGCACGGAGCACUGUUAUGACAUCUACAAGCUGUACCACAGCUGUGCCGACCCCACCGGGUGCGGCACCGGCCCCGAUGCCAAGGCCUGGGACUACCAGGCCUGCACGGAGAUCAACCUGACGUUUGACAGCAACAACGUCACCGACAUGUUCCCCGAGCUCCCGUUCACGGAGAAGCAGCGCCAGCAGUACUGCCGGGCCACGUGGGGCGUGUGGCCCCGGCUGAACUGGCUGCAGAACAACUUCGGGGGUGGUGACCUUAAAGCCGCCAGCAACAUCAUCUUCUCCAACGGUGACCUGGACCCCUGGGCAGGGGGUGGGAUUCGGAAGAGCCUCAGCACUUCAGUGGUCGCCAUCACCAUCCAAGGUGGAGCACACCACCUAGACCUCAGGAGUUCUCACCCACGAGACCCCAUCUCUGUUGUGAAAGCACGCACGCUGGAGGCUGCCUUGAUCCACGAGUGGGUGGAGGCAGCCAGGCGUGGACAUCAGCCCGCCUUGCAUGGGGGGUCAGGGGCCUAAGGGCCGCCCUCAGUCAGCCAAGACCAGACAAGACUUGGGAGGAGAGCACCUCACCACCUCUCGUGGAAUGGGGAGCCGUGGCCUGGCUCCCUGCCCCACGCCUGGAUGCGCCGUCCGGAUCCGUGAUGGCCGGUCACUGUGUGGACCCGAGACCCAGAGGAGCCCUGAGGCUCUGAACCUGGCUCUCCUCAAGCAAGGGAGGGCCGGUGGGAGGAAGCUGAAUAAAUGCCCACUUAUUGUG